AUGGAUGGUGCCGCGGCCAAGCGCAGCCGCGAGUCCGCGGUGCCGCUGCCGGAGGAGACGCCCGUGCGGGAGGUGGCUCCGAGCGGGAAACGCGUCGGGAUGCGCCUGGUGUCCUGGAACGUGGCGGGACUGAGGGCCUGGCUGCGCAAGGGGGGGCUCAAGUGGGUCCAGGACGCAGCCCCAGACGUGCUGUGCCUGCAGGAGACCAAGUGUGGGGCAGAGUCUGUGCCCCCCGAGGUGCGGGACCUGCAGGCUCUGCCCCACCAGUACUGGGCCAGCCCCGAGGGGAAGCCUGGGUACAGUGGGGUAGGGCUGCUGUGCCGCUGCGAGCCCCUGCGGGUCACAUAUGGCAUCGACGACCCCGAGCACGACCCCUCCGCCCGCGUCCUGACCGCCGAGUUCCCCUCCUUCUUCGUGGUCUGCGCCUACGUCCCCAACGCGGGCCGGGGCCUGACGCGCCUGCAGCCGCGGCUCCGCUUCGACGCCGCCUUCCUCUCCUACCUCUCCCGCUUGGACGCCAUCAAACCCGUCGCGCUCGGGGGGGACCUGAACGUGGCGCACACCGAGCUGGACCUCCGCCAUCCGUCCGCUAACCGGCGCUCACCCGGGUUCACGGAUGAGGAGCGUCGCGGGAUGGACGCCAUCUUGGCCGCGGGGUUCCUGGAUGCCUUCAGGGUGAUGUACCCCGCGCUGCCCCACGCGUACACCUUCUGGACCUACUUGGGGGGCGCGAGGGAGAGGAAUGUGGGGUGGAGGUUGGAUUACUUCCUCAUCUCCGAGCGCCUGAGGCCGGCGCUGUGCGACUGUAAGAUCAGGCCCAGGGUGAUGGGGAGUGAUCAUUGUCCUGUGGAGCUGUACCUGGCGCUGUAG